CUGCAGGGAGGAGCUAGGUGGUAGGCAGGGACAGGAACAAAGUGGGGAACUUCUGAACAAAUAAAUGUCUGCUGGGUGAGCUGAGUCCUGGGCUGUGACAGGCACAGAGUGUAUAGAUAAUCAAGAGGUCAACAAGCUCCAGGAUUAAUCAGGAAAAGCAAGGCUGAGCAGGAAGAAGCAACAACCAAAAUGUCUCUUGGGGAGGUGAGGAAAUUGAAGCUUUACCAUGCUAACUCAACGCUGCUGGUGCUUUGAUGUGACUUCCUGUGGAUGUACUAAGGCCAUCUAAUGGCUUCAGGAAGCUAGUGAUGUUACACAGCACAGGUGAAGAAAUAUGGAUACCAACACCAAACUGGUCACCAGCAUGACUUUCACGAGCUUUUUCACCUUUCAGCUUCUUUUCCACUUUAUAAGUUAUUGGUUUUCAGCACAUGUUUCUUCAGGUUUUAAUAGUCUCAGCUCCGGAAAGAAGAUUGAAUGGAACUCAAGGGUAGUAUCUACAUGCCAUUCUUUGGUGGUUGGGAUUUUUGGCCUGUACAUUUUCUUGUUUGAUGAGGCUACUAUCGCUGAUCCACUUUGGGGUGAUCCAUCGCUUGUGAAAGUGAAUAUUGCUAUUGCUUCAGGCUACCUCAUUUCUGAUUUGUUGAUUCUCAUUUUGUAUUGGAAAGUGAUUGGUGACAAAUAUUUUGUAAUUCACCAUUGCGCAGCGCUGUAUGCAUACUUCUUUAUACUGAGGGAUGGAGUCCUGGCGUACGUUGGGAAUUUUCGCCUGCUUGCAGAACUUUCCAGCCCUUUUGUGAAUCAGCGGUGGUUCUUUGAAGCUUUGGAGUAUCCUAAAUUUUCCAAGGCUAAUGUCAUCAAUGGAAUACUCAUGACGGUGGUGUUCUUCAUUGUGCGGAUUGCCCCGAUCCCUCCUUUUUAUAGCUACAUUUAUUCUGUGUUUGGAACAGAAGCCUACAUCAGGCUUGGACUUUUACGGCAAAGUGCCUGGAUCUGUACUUGUGUUGUUUUGGAUGUGAUGAAUGUCAUGUGGAUGAUCAAAAUCUCAAGGGGGUGCAUCAAAGUCAUCUCUCUCAUCAGACAAGAGAAAGCCAAAAGUAGUCUUCAGAAUGGAAAACUUGACUAAAAGUGGGCUAUUGAUAAGCAUACUUCACUACUACCCACAUUAUAUCUACUGAUAGGAUGAAUUCUUGGCAUGUUCUUAUGCUUCUUUAUUAAUUAUACUUGUUAUCCAGGGUUCCAGUGUCUUUUUUUUAAACUUUGGAACAGAGAAACUAAAAUUUUUAGUUUUUAUCCCAAGAUUUGUUUUCUGAUUUUCAUCUGCAUUAUAAGCAUGGAUAAAAUCUUAAAGGUUUAAAUAAAAACUUAUAGUGGUGAAUCUUUUCAGAAAUCUGUUAACCUGCAUUGGUAUUCUCUGUGAAAAGAUGAUUAUGCUAACUUGGUACACUUUGUUUUAUGUGACCAAUUUUGCUGAAAGAUUGGGAACUGCUUUUAAAUCUGUAAAUAGCUCUCAACAUUUUGCUGUACUGCACUCAUUUCUUACUAUGGCUGUCAAUACCUGUUUAGGGUUUAAUUUCUAAAUUGUUGGAAUGUUCUUUUUCUUAGGAUAUUAGAAUGAUGUAGUUUUCAUUUAGCUAUACUGUCAUCUAUUGGAUGAAGUAUUUUAUUUGCUUUGGGAAUAUUUAAUUCAGUCAUAGAAAAUACUUCCUGAAUUUUUACAUUUUUCAGACAUCACUUCAUUAUUUAUAUUUUUAGCACUUUAUCAGAUUAUUGCUUUUUUAUUUUAUGCAAAGCUUAAGACAGAUUUUAUAGAGCUCCUUAAGAGAUGAAUUUCUCCUUCUAAAGAUGCAUGUUAUAGAUGACUAUUUAGGCUAAUAAGAGGAAUCAUUAAGAAAAAAGCUUUAACACUGCUGUCUCUAUCUGCUUCCCUUAUGCUUUUUCCAAGUAUAUUAUUUCUAUUUGCAAAACUUCCCCUAAGUUCAGAACCCAACAUCAUCAGUACCAGUGUCUUCUGCAGUGUGUAUGUAUCAUGCUCAUAAGGUAGGCCUCUUCUUGAUGAGACCAAAACUACAAAAAACACCAGUCAGCGUUCAUAUUUUACUCACAGUUUAUACCCAUGCUUGCUUAGUCAGCACUUUGAGUGCUUUGAAUUUCUGUCUUUCCUAAAGGACAGGAAAAAAAUAGAUGAUUUAAUCCAAGUAUUCUGAUGAUCAGGAUUAUUGUCUUAUAUGACGAUACAUGACUGGUGACUCUGGUUUCCUGUUUGUUUUUGUGUGUGAGUAUAUCCUUGCUUCUGCUUUCGUUCUUGCAACCCCAAUAUAGAAUUAUAUAGUUAGCUAUUGGAGCCUUUAUUUCUUUUUCUCAAGUGCUUGACUUUAUGAUUCUUCUUACCUAAGAAAAAAAGAAAGUUAUUUUAACCAGUGGUGAAUACUUGAAUUUAGUUGAACCCAAACGAAAAGAUCUAAUCCAUUCAGUUUCUCAGUUUGAAGGAGAAUGUUUGACUCUUUUUCAUUGUUUGUGUUAUGAUGAUGAAGGGAUAGCAAGACUUUUGGUUUUAUUUGAUUUGAUUUGGCUGUCCAAUGCAGAUAGAGAUAGAGCCUGAUAAAUUUUAGAACAUUUAAGGAAGGUAAUUGAAAUCUCAGUCAAUAAGUAAAUGAUAAAAUGAGGUUCAUUGGCUUAUACUUGGUACACUUAUUUUUGAAGGACUUAAAGUAAUGUAAAAUAUAGGUGUUUGUUUUUAAAGCUACUAAUAUUGCAUUGAUGAUUUGUUACAUAAUUUAGUGCCUGCCAGAUCGUAGGCACUUAAGUAUGUAUUGGUUGUAUAGAGGGGUAGGAAAGCAUGUGGUUUUAUCUUGUUCUCUUCUUGCUCUUUUGCAAGAAAACUGGCUUUUUAAAAGAAAAGCAUUUAUAUUAGAAAACUAUUUUGGAAAUUCAUUCCUUUCAAAAGAAACAAAGCAUAAAAUAAAUAUUUUUGACUCUGAAUAUUUCUAUAGUUUCUGAACAGAGACUUUAAACCUAACAUCAAAAUAAUGACAUUAUAAAGCUAUAAUAUUAGUGAGUUUCCAUAUAGCAGUUUCAGUUUUUCUAGUUGCUAUUUCAUGCUUAAAGUUUAAUUUUUACUUUCAUUGACAGCACCUUUUGUUAGUAUAGCUGCUCAUUAAAUAAGUGCAUUAAAAAUAUCAAUGUUUUGAACUCAAGUUUGCUAUUCCCUUGGUCAGCAAUUCUCAUUUUAUGCUGGCUGUGUGACAGCUAAUUCAGCAUCCAGAUUCAAUAUCCAAAGGUAGAUUCUACAUAUUUCCGCAUACAACAGACAUGAAAUGGAAAAGAGACCACAAACUGCCAACCUACUUCAAGUCAGAUCUUUACAGGAGCUAUACUUUGCUGUUCUGUCCACCUACCUAAGAAACAAGUAAAGAGAGAACAUAUCAUUUACUAAACGAUGAAUUUUUCAUUUAAUAAAUGAUAAACUUUUGCGAGACAUUUUACAUAGUAUUUUGACUACGUGGAUUAAUUUAAUGAUUCUAUUAGGCACUCCGAUGUUUAACAACUGUUAAAGUAUUUAUGGAAAAUAAAAGCAAAUUGGUACAAAUUUUUAAGCAGCUCUAUUUUUAUAGAAAAAGAUUAGUGACAACCUGUAACUGUAAAGAUGUUCUUUGAAUGUGUAGUAGAUUAGAAAAUAAAAAUUAUUACAAAAUUUUGAAAAUGAAUGAAAAUCAACUAGUAUGCAAGAACAUAGAUUCUGCAUUAGAUAUUUUAUUUGGAAGAAUUUAAAAAUUAUGAACUUGAAUUUAUAGAGUUUGCAUUCUUGUGUCUAAAAUCUUUUUAAUAUGUAUUGUUUGCAUUUGUUUAAACCUCAACAUGGAGUUAUGUAUGAGUGCAAAGAAAUUAACUCCUGCUUUGUGUCUUGAUACAUUAUAGUAAAUUGAAAUGUAAUUUUGAUUCCAA